AUGGAGGUAGCACUUACUACAAUAACAACAAGAAGUAUGGACUAUCACAAUGGGGCCAACACUUACUAUAACAACAACAAUAACAACAAGGAGUAUCACAAUAGAGGUAACACUUACUACAACAACAACAAUAACAACGAGGAGUAUCACAAUGGGGGUAGCACUUACUAUAACAACAACAAUAACAACAAGGAGUAUCACAAUAGAGGUAACACUUACUACAACAACAACAAUAACAACGAGGAGUAUCACAAUGGGGGUAGCACUUACUAUAACAACAAUAACAACAAUAACAACAACGAGGAGUAUCACAAUGGAGCUAGCACUUACAACAACAACAAGAACAACAAUAAUGUGGAGUACUAUAAUAGUUAUAGUGCUAGCAACAACAACAACAAUAAUGAGGUGUACUUUAAUAGUUAUAGUGCUAGUAACAACAAUAACAACAACAACAAUAACAACGAGAGAGGAGUAUCACAAUGGGGUAGCACUUACUAUAACAACAAUAACAAUGAAGAGUAUCACAAUGGAGCUAGCACUUACAACAACAACAACAACAACAACAACAAUAAUGUGGAGUACUAUAAUAGUUAUAGUGCUAGCAACAACAACAACAAUAAUGAGGAGUGCUUUAAUAGUUAUAGUGCUAGCAACAACAACAACAAUAACAACGAGAGGUACUUCAAUGGUGGCAGUACUAAUAACAACAACAACUACUACUACCACAACAACGACAAAGAGGAGUAUCAAGAUGGGGGUAGCACUUACUACUAUAACAAUAACAACAACAACAAAGAGUACUACAGUGGUGGCAUUACUAACAACAACAAUAACAAAGAUGAGUAUUACAAUGGGG